CUCUUCUCUCUCUUUUCUCUCUAUAUAUAUUCUCUCUCUAUAUAUAGUCCUGUGUAUAUAUAUACAUUGAUUGAUUGAUCGAUCAUGGCGCCCAACAAUGGAGUAGCGUCGUCAGGGAGUCUGAUCGUGUGCUUUGGGGAGAUGCUGAUCGACUUCGUGCCGACGGUGUCUGGAGUGUCGCUGGCCGAGGCGCCGGGAUUCCUCAAGGCUCCCGGCGGAGCUCCGGCGAACGUGGCGAUCGCCAUCACCAGACUCGGAGGGAAGUCGUCGUUCGUCGGAAAACUCGGCGACGACGAGUUCGGCCACAUGUUGGCCGGGAUCUUGAAGGAGAACGGCGUCUCCGGCGACGGCAUCCUCUUCGACAAGGGUGCCAGGACUGCCCUCGCCUUCGUGACCUUGAAAGCCGACGGAGAACGCGAGUUCAUGUUUUACCGGAACCCUAGCGCCGACAUGCUCUUGACUCCCGAUGAACUCAACCUCGAGCUUAUCAGAAAGGCUAAAAUUUUCCAUUACGGAUCGAUAAGCUUGAUCGUGGAGCCUUGCAGAUCGGCUCAUUUGAAGGCAAUGGAGGUGGCAAAGGAUGCCGGUGCCCUGCUCUCUUAUGAUCCCAACCUCCGGCUGCCACUAUGGCCAUCAGAGAAGGAGGCGCGUGAGCAAAUCAUGAGCAUCUGGGACAAGGCAGAGGUGAUCAAGGUCAGCGAUAAUGAGCUUGAAUUCCUUACUGGCAAGAUUGAUGAUGAAUCUGCAAUGUCCCUCUGGCACAACAAUUUGAAGCUCCUCCUUGUCACUCUUGGCGAACAGGGUUGCAAAUAUUACACUAAGAAUUUCCGUGGAUGUGUGGAUGGAUUCCCUGUCAAAUCAGUGGAUACAACUGGUGCCGGUGACUCGUUUGUUGGUGCUCUCCUAUGCAAGAUUGUUGAUGACCGUUCUGUACUUGAGGAUGAAGAAAAGUUGAAGGCAGUACUGAAAUAUGCAAAUGCAUGUGGAGCCAUCACAACCACCAAAAAAGGAGCCAUCCCUGCUCUUCCUACUGAAUCUGAAGUCCUCGCUUUUGUUAAGGGCAAAUAGGAAGGGAAAAAAAUAAGGACUCAAAUGUUUGCCAAUUGUUUCAUUUCUUGCCCUUUGCUUUUCUUUUUCUUUUUUACUUAGUUUUGUUUUUUUAGGAGCUUGUUUGCAAUUGAGGAAUCGAAGUAGGUUAGUUUGAUCUCUUUGAUUGAAUUCUCUUCUUCAUGGUUGUAAUGACGAAUGACUUUGCUUUAUGGUGAUUAAAUAAUAAGUUGUUUGCCUACUGGUUGACAUGCGCCGUUCA